GGACAGCAGGGCUCGAUGGCGCAGAACCUGUACGGUCCCCGAGUCCGGAUGGGCAACUGGAACGAAGACAUCUACCUGGAGGAGGAGAACAUGAAAGACUUCUUAGAGAAGCGAGAUAAAGGGCAACUUCUCAUACAGAAAAGCAGAAGAUUAAAAAACAAUCUUUUGAGACCGAUGCAGCUUUCUGUAUCUCAGGAUGGAUAUAUUCACUACGGUGACAAAGUGAUGCUUGUAAAUCCCCACUACUCUGAGACAGAAGUUGGUGUGUCUCUGAGCGGGGACCUGAGCCUGUGUAUGACUCCCGAUGAAGUUCAAGCCCAUCUGAGUGAUGAGUUGGAGCUGCCCUGUGGGCUGAGCGCCGUUCCAACUAAGAUCCCGGUCAGCAGAAACACCUUUAUCAUUUUCAGCUUGGACACAGAUGCCACUGGACAAGUCCUCUGGUAUGGGCAGUACUUCUGCCUUGGGAUAACAGGAGGAUUUGAAAACAAAAUGCUGUUUUUAUCAAGUGACCAUAGGACCCUUCUGAAAUCAUCUAAGAAGUCCUGGCUCCAGGAGGUGUACCUGACAGAUGAGGUGUCCUACAGAAACUGCUGGCAGGCUGCCCUCCCCGACCCCCAGCUGCGCCUGGAGCAUGAAGGCCUCCCAGUCCCGGCAAAUGCAAAAAUUCUCAUCAAUCACUGCCACACAAAUCGCGGCCUGGCGGUCCACCGGCAUCUUUUUUUAAGCACCUAUUUUGGGAAGGAAGUGGAAGUUGUAGCUCACACAUAUCUGGAUUCACACAAAGUUGAAAAACCAAAGAACCACUGGAUGCUGGUUACCAGGAAUCCCAGGAACGACGCGUCCACCAUGCUGGACCUGCCCAAGCCACCAGUGGAGGACACUCGAGCCGUGGAGCAAGCCAUGGGCCUUAAUGAGCAGUAA